AUGUCUUCCCCCAGUACAGACCAGACAGAGGGCAACGGGCCUGAUGGCUCUUCCAUCAGGCCCGUCUCGUCGCUCCUCGCCCGAUUCGAGAACAUGAACUCCAACCCUCCGUCGCAAACGCAGCCUACCUCUGCUCCGGCUCCUCCUCAGCCGCGAAAACUCUCGCCAGGGCCGAAGCCAGACAGAUUAAAGACGCUCAAGACGGGGCAAGACUCUGUGCAUGGUCCUGCUUCCCCGAUCACUCCCGUCAAGCCGUCAAAUCUGAAGGACCGCGCCUUUCCUGCGGCGUCUCCUGUAAGCCGCGAUAGAGGGGCACCGAUCCCACCGCCUCCCCUGUCUACACGGCCAGCGCCGCCUAUUGCAUUGAAGCCUCAAGUGCUGCCUCACCCACCGGCAGUUACAGUUCAACCUCCGCAGUCGCCUCCUAAGGGAAGCGCGUUGAACAUCGCCCCAGGUGAACAGUCACCGUUUCUAGGCCCUGCCGCGAUUUCUACUUCCGCCACGCCCAGCCGAUCUCCUACGCCGCUCAGGAUACCGAGCCGACCGCAUAGUCCUACCAGCAACGGUGGUGGUAGUGGUACCGCAACGCCGCGAUCUCCAAGGCAAGGAAUUUCGAAAGCUCCAUCACCGCCGCCUCCCAGACGAUCCGCCGAGCUAAAGAGAGAGAAGGAACGAGAAAGAGAGUGGAAGCCUGCGCCGCCACCGCCGCCCGCGCCACGAUCAGAGAAGACGUUGAUGAGAGCGGCUACUGGGAUAGAGGUGAGAGGCAGGCCUGCUGUUCAAAGACCCAAUCGCUCUCAGGAGUCGUCUCCUAUUGGCAGCGCCUCGCGAAGCUCCGAACCCAGGGCGGAAAGCAACCCUCCAGAGCUGCCCUUGCGACCGAGGCCACAGCAGCUGAAUGAUGCGCCGAGUAGGACGAAGCAGAUCGCCGGAGCAUUUGAGCAGCCUACCCAGCCUACCCAGCCUACCCUCCGUCCUUCCUUAUCUGUGCGGAAACCAACGCGUGAAGGAGAGUCGAAUGGCUUGGGUUUAGUUAGGGCCCCGAUUACUCCUCAGCUCACUGGGGAUGUUCGCCCUGCCUUGCCUGCACGACCCCAAACUACUGAUAUUCCCCCACAGCAUCCAGUGCCGAAUAACGGAAUAAAGGCACCUCCAAAGCCUCCGCGACCAUCUGCUCCGAACCACGCGCAGGUUGCCACUCCUGCCACUCCUCUUCCGCCAGCCCCACCGUCUGCCACAAACCGAGUCGUCUCCAACCCUCUCACACAGCAACUACCCGUAAGGCCACAUGGGCGGUCUAAGACGGUGGACGUACCGACAGCAGAUCAUGCUGCCGUGGAUGUCCGUGCGUCCCCAGCCCCUGUGGCUGCUGUCGUAGUAAGGCAAGCGCCAGCACCUGCUGCGAACGAAGCGAUCAUUCCGAAAUCCGACCUCCCUGCUCAGAUUACGGCAUACCCUGAUAGCUCGAGCACUAACCGCCGGCCUCCCUUCAUCAAGAAAGGAUGUUAUGAGAUUCAACCAAAGUAUGAUCCUCGUAUCUUCGAUGUCUGUGGGCAAUAUGUCUGCACUACCGGCCCUCUGACUCGGGUGUGGAGCAUGCUGGAUGGAGAACAAAUUGUCAGCUUGGCACACACAGAAGGCGUGAAGGCCACAGCUGUAUCGUUUAAGCCCAGCGCGGACCCCGAUCAAGAAGGCUCCAAGGUUUGGGUCGGCACUAAUCUUGGAGAGAUUAUGGAAGUUGAAGUUGCGACGCAGCGCAUCCUAAUGAGCAAAGCGAGUGUCCAUGGAAAGUCGGAAGUUACCAAGAUAUACCGACACCUAAACGAGAUGUGGACUGUUGACGAAGGCGGAAAUUUCCUCGUCUGGGGUCCCGAUAGCGAUGGGGAGCCGAACUUGAAUAACUAUCCUCAUCAGUCUUUCAAGAUUCCCAAGGGAGAGACUUUCUCAAUAGUGGUUGGGGAUGAGCUUUGGCAAGCGACCGGCAAGCAGUUACGGAUAUUUGCUCCGACUCAAGAUAAUCACAGGCCAUUUCAGGUUCUGACAAGGCCAAUUACAAUUGAAGGAGCGGGAGAUGUAACCUCGGGAACGCUGAUGAAGGGCUAUCCUGGCAAAGUCUUCUUGGGACAUGUCGAUGGCAAGGUCAGCAUCUGGUCUGCAUCUGACUAUUCUUGCAAGACAAUUGUGAAUGUCACCACAUGGAAAAUAAAUACGCUAUCGGGUGUUGGUCAGUACAUCUGGGCAGGAUAUAACACGGGAAAAGUCUGUGUCUACGAUGUUGCUCAAACGCCGUGGGUUGUUUUGAAGGAGUGGCAGGCACAUGACAAUACCAUCUUGGGGAUGAAGGUGGACUUUGCCAGCUCUUAUCAACUUGAUCAAUUGCAAGUUGUUUCUCUAGGUGCGGAUAGCCGGAUCAAGGUGUGGGACGGCAUGUUGCAAGACGACUGGCUCGAAGACGAGAUGAAAUCCAGGGAUACGACAUAUUGCGACUUUGACGAGAUAAAAACGCUGAUAUUUACAUGGAAUGCGGGUGCUUCUACCCCUCACAGUCUUCGGUACUCUAAUGGCGAUGCCGCAUUCUUUCAAGAUUUGUUACAAUCGAGCGGCUCUCCCGAUAUCUUGGUCUUUGGAUUUCAAGAGCUCGUUGAUCUAGAAGAUAAAAAAGCAACAGCAAAGCGUCUGCUCAAGUCGAAGAAGAAGGAGGGAACAGACCAGGAACGAAUGAGCCACCAAUAUCGAGACUGGCGCGACUUCUUACUCAAAACCUUGGACGACUACAUGCCAGCAGAUCAUCUGUACCAUCUUCUCCACACGGCACCCAUGGUGGGGCUCUUUACUUGUAUUUUUGUCAAGGCUUCGCUGAGGGAAAGGAUAACUCAUCUUAGCGGUGCUGAAGUGAAGCGAGGCAUGGGAGGUCUUCAUGGAAACAAGGGAGCAGUUGCCGUUAGAUUCCAAAUCGACGACUCGUCUCUCUGUUUCGUGAAUUGUCACUUGGCAGCAGGCCAAACCCAGGCUAGCUCACGUCAUAACGAUGCGGCGGCGAUUCUCGAAGCUAGCCUAUUCCCCGUUGAACGAGAUACCGAAACUCGGAUUGACACCUUUAGUGGCGGUGGAGAUGGCUCCAUGGUUCUUGAUCAUGAGCUUUGCAUUCUUAAUGGCGACCUGAACUAUCGCAUAGACACCAUGUCACGAGAUACAGUGGUGAAAGCCGUGGAGCAGAAUAAUUUGGCAAAGCUCCUUGAGCGUGACCAACUGCUUGUGGCGCGCCGCCGCAACCCAGCCCUUCGCUUACGAGCAUUCGAAGAGCUGCCUAUUACAUUUGCGCCAACCUACAAAUAUGAUGUAGGAACAGACACGUACGAUACUAGCGAGAAACGAAGAAGCCCUGCAUGGUGUGAUCGACUUUUGUUUCGAGGACGCGGCCGUGUGCAGCAAUUAGAUUAUAGACGGCACGAAGUAAGAGUGAGCGAUCACCGGCCGGUUACAGGAGACUUUCGACUCUGGGUAAAGAAGAUUAGACCAAAGGAUCGAGCGGCCGCUUGGAUGCAAUGCCAGCAGGGAUUUGAAGACGUUAGGCAGAAAGAGUUGGCAGAAGAUAAACUAUACUAUCUCACGAAUAUUUGUGGUUUCGACGCAGCAACAAGCCAUCAGCUAAUAAAAGAGAGAGCAUCGCGCAAACCGCAUAGGAGUCCCAGCAAAGGCAGGGCAGCGUACUAA